CCGCACAAAAUAGGGACGUAAGUGCGAAUGAGCCACAAAAGUUGAACCCAAAGAAUCAGAGGCUGUAGGCCAACAGUGACACCGCCGGAAACCCCUGAAAAAAUAGUCGAUGGGUAGUGAUGGGAGCAGCAGCAGCAGCAGUGAAGAGGAUGGAGAUGCUGAAUGGAGAGCCGCCAUAGAUUCUCUUGCUGCUACUACUACUUUUGGCAAAACUACUCAUUCCUCAGCCACUCCUACUAACGGAGAAUCUGUUUCCCAAGAAGAUCAAAUUGAUACUUUACGACCCAAGAAGCUCAAAUAUUAUCAAAUAAAGGCUCAGAAGACUUUGGAAGACAUGCUAGACAAGACUAUAGAAAUAGUGAGAGAUACUGAUCAUGCUUCACAGGAAGAACCCUCAGUGAAUGGAGGUGGAAUCCGGUUGUUUAAGCGUGCUCCACCUGGGAUUGUGUUUGAUCACACAGAUGAACUCCAACAACCGAGAAAGAAACCAAGAAUUCGUCCUGGGAAGGAAUUUGAUGAGAACUCAAAAGAGUUUAAAAACCAAAUCAAGAUCGUUGCUGUUGAUGGGAUGGACAUUUUAGCUGCAUCAAAAAAUGCUUACCAGCAAUUGUUGGCUAGAAUAGAAGCAAGAGAAGCAGCAGCCAAAGCAGCUGCUAAAAGAGAGGAAGAUAGAGUUGCAGCGUUAAAAAAAAUUAGGGGGGAGAGAUGGCUCCCUUCUGUGGCCAGAGAUAUGCAGUUAAUGAUUCAACGACGUUGACACCUGUAGAUGGACAAGGAUUCUAUUAUUCAGCACUCAUCUUCCAUUCUUUCACUAUUGAAAGUUUCUAUUGCUCAUUACAGCCUGUAUUUUAUGUGAGGCUACCUGAGCCGUUGUCCUUGUCAAUUCCAGAAAGAGACGUUGACACUGUUUUAGUAUUGCCAGAAAAAGAAAAAAAAUCUUCUGAUUAAGUUAUUUCGACAUUUCUACAUUAAA